AUGACUGACAGCAGAGAGAGGGAAGCAUCAAGCUUUUCUGGCGCGCCCAGAGCGGAAGACUGUCCAGGAGCUGUUGGUCCUACAGAUCGACUGUAUGAUCUCUUGCAGCUUUCCCGAGAUGCGUCUCGCGACACAGUGAAAAAGGCCUAUCGCCAGCUAGCACUUCUGUGGCAUCCGGACAAGGGGGGAAGCGUACAGAGAUUCCAGGCACUUACUGCGGCGUUUGAAGUCCUGGGAGAUGACGCGCGGCGGCGUGCGUAUGACCGCAGCCUCAUACGAACAGGCUCAACUGACGGGCUAGGCGUAGUGUUCUCGGCAAAGUCUGGCUCGGAUGUCUGCAGGUCGUCCAUUUCGCCAGUAAGAAGACGGCACUCGACCGGGGCCGGAGUCAGUGCCAGUGUUUCUUCCAGAAGCAAGCUCCACCAAGGAACGAGACGGGACGAAAUUCCGUUGCGUAAAAGUGACUUCCUGUCAAAAGAGGACUUCCUGGAAAGGGCACGAGGCGUUGCUAGACCGCCCAAGGAACCGGGCUCUUGUUUCUUGUCCGGGUUUGGAAAUGUGAAAAACUCGGCAGAGAGUGGAUCGCGAAGCGGCUCGAACAAGAUCUGGCAUCGUAGCGGUAGCGAUUCCCGAUGUGGGCCUGGCAGCGGAGAGAAUUCCGGAUAUGGCACAAAACGAGACUUUCUUCACGUCGCCCGGACGGACUCCAGCGCGACUGACUGCGCGGAAAAGUGUAGAAGACCCUCUGGUCACGGGCUGGACUCAGGGUGUUCCCUGCGCGCGAGGAAGGAUGAGAGAACUGAAUCGAGUAGUCUCCUGCGGGAAACGGCUGUGCAUGCUCACGCGGGGGACCAGGUGCUGCGCGGAAAGCCUGCGACAUCUGUAACAAAUGCGUUGCGGGAGGUCCUGGGUGAAGCAACAUUCACGAAAGCAGUUGCAGCAAACGUGAAUCACGGUGCUGGAUCUGAAGCACAAUGUGCAAGCCACCUGGUUGGACAUUUGAGUGUGAAGCAGCUUAAGCAAUUGCUUACGAUCCUUGGAAUCCCGCAUGGAGUGUGCUUCGAGAAAACUGACCUGCUUGAGGCGUUCACCUCAGCGUUACCUCUCGACUCACCCGUUCCCAGCUUGUUUCUCGAGGCUUUGAAGAAGCAGGAGUCGCUUGGGGUGCGCAUGCCGUCAUCAAUCUCUGCGAAGAAAUGCGAGAGAGAGACUGGGGCUGCAGACGAGACAGAAAGCGAAGCACUCAAGGCGCCUCUAAGCACCGCCGAUCAUUCCCAUGAAAACAAAGGACUCUGCAUUUCCAAAGCGGAACGUGGUUCUUCAAGUCUCGCAGCAAAUGCAGCUCCGGGACAAGUUCGGCUUUUCGCUGAAAAAUGCGACUCAGAUCACGGGGAUCCGGCCGCGCCCGCGAUGGGAGAACCUGAAUCGGCGAACCCAAAAUGCCGUAACUUUAGCAAUGCUGGGUUCUUCAAAGCAGAUUGCGGAACUAAUGCAGAAUCCAGAGACAAGAGAGAAACGACUGCGGCGACUGAAUUCACAACUGCGUGGUCGUCGUCUUUCGGGUCUCUGAAUUCCUCAGCAGGCUCGUCCAAAACAGGGAACUUUACUAAUGCCAACCAGCACGGCGGGAUCCUGGAGGGCUCUGUCGGCAGUCAGGCUUUGAAAAAUACAAGAAAACCUCUCGGGGUGCUAGGACCAACCCUGUCUCUGCUCGGGGCUGCCGUAGCCUCCAGCUGGGCUCGAGAGGAGAAGUGGAGCAAGCUGAACAGAGAAGGGGAAUUCGUUCUCAGCGCCCCCUUGGACAAAGCCAACUCAGCGGAUAUGGUGCAUUUGCGAGGCGACGCGCUGCGCAUGAAGAUUUUAGCGCUCGGCGCGGAGAAGACUGGCAAGUCAUGCCUUAUCAAACGGUAUUGCGAAGGGCGUUUCGUCGUCAGGAAUGCCAGCACGAUUGGCAUCGAUUAUGGAGUGAAAGUUAUCGAGUUAGAGGGCGGGACGCAGGCGCGAGUGAAUUUCUUCGACUUUUCUGGAAGAAGAGAAUUCGCAGAGAUUCGGCAGUCGUUCUACGACAAUACCGACGGCAUUAUGCUAGUGUUCGAUGCCAGUAGACGUGAGACCUUUGAGGAGCUUCCCGCGUGGAUCGCCGAGGCGAAGGAGCAUGGAGUGAACAUCGAAACUUCCACAGAGGGGGAAGCCACGAGAGACGCCUCAACUGGCGCAUAUUCUCAUGAGAAAUACAACGAGACACCAGCCGAAGCUUGCGUUCCAGUUGUCUUACUCGCGAACAAAAUCGACAUCGGAGAUCGGCAGGUAUCGGCGGCCGAGAUCGCGGCGUUUGCAAAAUCUCGUGGAAUACUUUUCUUCGAAACCUCCGCGAACAGCGACCAUAACGUCUCUACAGCGCUUGAAACGUUGUUUUCCGUCGUUACGCGGAGAAUCACGGAACUGCGAAAGAAGAUUAUUUCUCCGUUUUCUGCUAGCGACGCGCUCACAGUACCACCUGUAUCUAUGUAG